AGCAUAUUUGUCAGCACGUGCACACCGGUCGGGUAAGUAAAUUUUUGAUUUCAGGUUUCGCCACACCGGCAUAUGGAAUAUGUAACGCCAUGAUACAUGAAGUAUAUAUGUAUGUCGGUUGAAGAGACUCGAGAAAAUGGGACAUAACGCAGUAUUCGGUCUGACCUUGUUUGCUGUUAUAUUAGGUAUUGCACUCAGUAUUACACCCACAAAGUACUUUGAAUGUGAAGAAUAUCCGGGCGACGAAACAGUAGAUCAAACUCGGAGGGAUUGCAUACGUGAAAAAGUGAAUGACGUGGAGCGUUUAUAUUGUAAACAUUGGGAAUGUACUACUCCCAGCUGUCCCGAGGCCGAGCGACUAACGGCAAACGACGGCUGUCAGUUUUGUCCAGGGACUUGUACUAUCAACGGAAAGAUUUACGAAGUCGGCACAGGUACCCGCUGCAUAGAUAACGUCAACUCCUGUUACUGUGUGAGCACGGGAUCAGUCAUCCAUACUUUGGUGGGAUACAAUCGCAACGCAUUAUGUAAUGCGCCAAAUCCUGAAACGUGAUUUUUUUCCCUAGAUGUAAAUGUUUUUCUUAUAUUAAAAUCUUAUUUGCACAAGAAA